AUGGCGGAAGAAGAGGAGAACGUUGAAGAAGCGUCGAUUCGGACCGAAUUCCCGGCCGGCCGUGUGAAGAAGAUAAUGAGGCUCGACAAGGAAGUCAACAAGGUGACAUCGGAGGCUCUAUUCAUAGUCUCGCGCUCCACGGAGCUGUUCCUUCGGUUCCUCGCGGAGAAGUCGGCGGAAGUCGCCACCGAGAAGAAGCGGAAGAUAGUGAAGAGCGAACACCUCCGAAUCGCCGUCAAGAGGCACCGACCGACCAGCGAUUUUCUCUUAGACUCGCUUCCCGCGCCGCCAGCUCCCCAGUCGCAGGAAGAGGCUUCUGUAGGCCGCAAGCGCGAAGUUGCUAACAAGCCGGCACCGGCUGGAACUCGCCGGAUCGAUGCUUUCUUUGCUAAAUCAGCGAGCGGUGCUUCACCUUCAGCCUGA